CUGGAGCCAUGCUUCUGUUUGGCUGGGCUAGCAACGAGUUCGGCAUUUCACAGCAAGCUCUUGUCAAAUAAGCGCCCACGAAGUUCGUUCUUAAGUUUCAACCGCCAUCCAGCAGCUAUCCAUACCACAAUAGGUUGAAACAUUGAUAUCCAUCAAUCCCAAAUCACGUUUCGCACUCUCCAUCACGCGACCUAAGCCUUGACUCUGGAGUCAAUAACCCCAUCAACCUAGAUAGUACUUCCCUGAGUUAUCCCAUUCCAUCGCAUUUUUUGUUACUACGGUCGUAAAUGAGUCAGGAUCAAUUUCUUCCAUCGUUUGAAGGAAUUUGGGCGAGGCUGUCCCAGGUAGCUGUCAAAGGUGCUGAAUUUAACUCCCGUGAACGUCAGCCCCACCCGAAAUGUUUGGAAGGGACCCGAGUGGAUCUCCUCAACCACAUACACGCAUUUCUAGAUGACCGAGAGAAGAAUCGAAUCGUUUGGCUGCAUGGAACGGCGGGCGUCGGAAAGUCUGCCGUCGCGUUCACUGUAGCUGAAAGGAUGAGGGGUCUAAAAGUAACAGAGGACACCAAUGUCGAAAAACGGCUCGCCGGUACAUUCUUUUUCUCGCGCAAGCACACGAAACGUUGCACGGCUGGCUAUUUUUUUGCAACGCUUGUCUAUCAGCUUGCUAGCAAUUUCCCCAGCAUCCGGGAGGACGUGAACAAAGCUAUCCGCGACAAUCCCGCUCUUCUGGACCCCGACAAACCUCUCUGCGACCAGAUGGAGGCUCUCUUUCUCCAACCUCUCCGGAGGCUUCACUUGAGAUUGCGCAAGUGUCAGCCUUUGACAUUUGUUGUCGAUGCCCUUGAUGAAUGCACAUCAGAACCGGAGAUAACCGAUCUCAUUCUUGCCCUUGCGCAGGCUCUUCGUGAACCUAAUCUUCCUGUGACCCACAUUCUGUUCACUAGUCGCUCGGAAUCGCACAUUUGUAGCACCAUGAUGCAUGAAGAGGUGCGCCCAUUAGUGUGCGAGAUACCAGUGAAAACGUCUGGGGAGGCCGUUGCUGCCAUCAUCUCGUUAGAUGGCGCAGAUGUCGAUAAUGACAUUUAUAUCUUCUUGCAGCAUUCUUUUAGAAAGCUAGGAAUUCGCCAUCCAGGAUUCCCACAGCCAUCAAGGGAUCAACUUGGGCGGCUUGCGAUCCGAGCCGGCAGACGUUUCCUCGUUGCGUCCACGAUGAUGAAGUUUAUAGAUGAUACCGACAAUGAUCCCCACGAUCGGCUGCAGCUGAUGCUGGAGCUAACGUGUGAGCUUCUACCAGGAACUGAGGUGUACAAGUUAUACGACUGUAUCCUCUCUACGUGCGCUGACCCAAAGCGGGCAUACCUGCACUUGUCCAUUGUUGCCGCCCUCGCAGACCCUCUCCCGAUCUCCCAACUCUCCCAACUUCUUGGCUCUGGCUUGGGCAGCGAUAUCGAGACGGUACUAAUGCAACUACGAUCUGUCGUGAACAUUCCUACAGACAGCACUCUCCCCGUGGAUAUCUAUCACACAUCCGUUCGUGACUAUGUUGCCGACCCCUCAAACUGCAGCCUCCCUGAAGUGCACAAUAUACCAUCGCCUCACUCCCUACUCGCAUACUCCUCUUUCCACUUGAUGAUGAAGGAGAUUCCACGCAACACAGCCCUCUUAGAUGUUCUUUCAGAAUUGAAGAGGCAGAGCCACGCUAUGGAACUCGAAGACCCCCAUAAAUUAAAAGGCUCGUUGGCCUUCCUCGUUCAACUGCUGGAACCACGCCCAGUUAUUAUCAGUCUGUUGUGGCUCCGGGGAGAUCGCGGUUCGGAUUUACAAUACUGGCUUGAGACCACGGAUGGGUGUGCCUGGCUGCAAACCCAGGGCGGGGAUGACUGGCCGCAGACCUUGCAAGGGCACGCCUGGUUGGACAGCCAAGGAGGAGAUAAUGGCUGGCUGCAGACCUCGCGUGGGCAAGCCUGGCUGCAAACACAGGGAGGGCAAGACUGGCUACAGACUCGGGGAGGGCGAGAGUGGUUGGAAGCCCAGGGAGGGCAAGACUGGCUGCAGACACAUGGAGGGCGAACUUGGCUGCAGACCAUGCAUGGGCAAGACUGGCUGCGGACCCCACCUGGAAAAGACUGGCUGUGGACUCUGUACCGGCCGCGGACCCAGGAAGGACGAGACUGGCUGCAGACCCCGGCCAUGCGACCUUGGCUGAAGACUCAGGGAGGGCGAGUCUGGCUAGAGACUCAGGGAGGGCGAGUCUGGCUAGAGACACAGGGAGGGCAACACUGGCUUCAGACCCAGGAUAGGAGAGACUCGUCUCGUACCACACAUGGGCAAGACUGGCUGCAUGCCACACGCCAGAACUCCAUACUAGGAACACACGAAGGGAAAGACUGGCUUCAAACUCAGGGAGGGAAAAAUUGGUUGUUGACUUCGGGUGGGCGAGAGUGGCUGCAGACCCACGGAGGGCAAGACUGGCUGCAGGCCCAGGGAGGGCAAGACUGGCUUCACACCUUGAGUGGGCGAGAGUGGAAUGACUGGCUGUGGACUGCAGGUGGGCGAGAGUGGCUGCAAACCCAGGGAGGGCAAGACUGGCUUCAGACUCAGGUAGGGCGGGUGUGGCUGCGGGGCCCAGCGGGCCGAGACUGGGUGCAAACGCAGGACGGACGAGACUGGCUACAUGACGAGGGAGGGAGAGACUGGCUGCAGACUAAGGGCGGGAGAGCCUGGCUGCAGACCCAGGGAGGGCGAGAUUGGUUGCAGAAACCAAGUAUGCGAGACUGGCUGCAGAAACCGGGAGGGAGAGACUGGCUACAGACCACGCACGGGCAAGACUGGCUGCAGACCAUGGGUGGGAAAGAUUGGCUGCGGGCCACACACGGGCACUGGCUGCAGACCCACGAAGGGCAAGAUUGGCUGCAGACCCACAUAGGACGAGAGUGGCUGCAGACCCAGGGAGGGCAAGCCUUGCUGCAGACUCUAGGAGGACGAGAGUGGCUGCGGACCCAGGGAGGACGAGAGUGGCUGCAGACACAGGGAGGGCGAGAUUGGCUGCAGACCCAGAGAGGGCGAGAUUGGCUGCAGACCCCGCGCGGGAAAGACUGGCUGCAUACCCCAUCCGGGCACGGCUGGCUGCAGACCCAGGGAGGACAAGACUGGCUGCAGAUCCAGAGUGGGCGAGAGUGGCUAGAGACCCAGGGAGGGCAAUACUGGCUGGAGACCCUUGGACGGCAAGACUGGCUGGAGACUCCAGGUGGGAAAGACUGGCUGGAGACUAUACACGGGCGAGAGUGGCUCCAGAUUCAGGGAGGGAGAGAGUGGCUGCAGAACCGCGGAGGAAGAGAUUGGCUGCAGACCAUUCGCGGGAGAGACUGGCUGCAGACCUUUGGCAGGCGAAACUGGCUGCAGACCCCAUCUGGGCACGACUGGCUGCAGACCCAGGGCGGAC